GCUAGCCUCCUCAUCCUCGCGCCCGCUCCUCUCUGCGCCGUUGACUGCCACGAUGCCGAACGACGCGCCGUCGCCGCCCAUCCACAGCGCGAAGGACGCCAUGGACGCCCUCGCGGGCAUCCUCGGGGGCGCGCUCCCGGGCUCCGUCGCCGCGGCCGAAGACCCCGCGGCCGCGCUCCUCAACGACCCCGACGUCGCCAGCGAGGUGACGGGACGCCUCCGCGGACCCGGGUCGGGCGCCGGGAACGACAGCCUCUGCCGCUGGCUCUACGACGCGUUCCGGUCCAACGUCCCCGAGCUCCAGCUCGUGGUGCUGCGAUUCGUGCCGGUGCUGGCUGGGGUGUACCUGUGCCGCGCCGUGUCCCGGAAGACGCUGGCCGGGUUCGAGGCCGUGCUCCUCGCGCUGUACGCGCACGCCGCGGCGCAGCGCGGCGCCGGGGAGGCCGAGACCGUGUCGCUCCCGAACCUGGCAAACCCGAGCCCGUACCACGACGCCAAGGUGCCGCCCAAGGCCAAGCCCGUCGACCUCGACGUUGCCGUGCUCUCCCCGCCGCUGGAGCCGCACGGCACCGUGCGCGCCACCCGACGCGCCCAAAUCGUCGGCGCGGUCCUGCAGCUCUACCACGGGAAGCUCGCGCACAUGCCGCUGUCGUCCAAGAUGGACUUCUGCGGGUUCUGCGUCGCCUGGGCGGGGACGCACAGCAAGCUGGACGGCGCCGACAAACAGCGGCUCCCGCCCGCCCCCGCCGGCGGCGACGCGGAGAAAUGGCAGCGGGUGCCGCUGCCGUGGGAGCUCUUCCAGCCGGCGCUGCAGAUCGUGGCGCACUGCCUGCUGGGCACCACGGGCUCGGACGAGCUGAAGGCGCAGGCCGCCCGCGCCGCGGAAUGCCUGUAUUGGAGGGCCACCGAGACGAUGGACGCGCGCGCGGUGCUGGCCACCAGGAGCCUCGUGAGGCUGUCGCAGAUGGUGGAGGAACCGAUCCCGGAGCCCUCUUUCUCUGGCGCCAUCGAGAAUACGGCGGAGCUGGAGGCCAUGAGGGCCAACAUUCUCAACUCGAACAACUGAUAGACUGGUGAAUACUGACAACGUAUUCAGCUAAUGCAACGAGUAUUUAUUUAUUAUGGGUAGCAUUACCUCUGGCAUUCGGAUAGAAGUACUCCAGUCUCUCUUGUAUUGUCCAGCAGAGAGAUUACGCGCAAUAAGUGAUGUAAUCGUUUGAAAACUGAAACAAACUAUCAGAAUGAUAAGUUUUCAAGCUUGUGAAAUG